ACGUGCGUUGCAGCACGAUACUAGUACAUCUUGCCCAAACUCAGAAGCAAGUUCCCUUCCCCAAUCUAAAGGAUGGAACCGCUAGAGCGGCCGACCGCUCCCACCACAUCGCCACCACCGCCUACCACACCAACCACACCGGCGUUGCCGCUCCGGAUUAUUGAUGAGGCGUCGGGGCGCGUGCUGCCCUGCAUCGCGCUUCAGGAGCAGGUGGAGGCCGCGGAGCCGCUAGCAGGAUUCGUGGACCAAGUCUCUCGUCGCAUCCUCCCAUGCGUGGCAUUGACGGCCAUGGGGGAGGUGACUGCGGGCGAAAUUUGGCGCGCCCCGCGAGGCCCCGGCUGUGCUCCACCAUAGUUGCGCCGGGCGACCCUGCCGUCGCCCCUAGUGAAGGUCAGGCACGCGGGGUCUGCCACCCGCCAGCUUCGCCUGCCCGCAGCGCGAGCCUUGAGUGGACGCUGGUGCUCUCUCGGCGUGCCCAGACUCUGGCAUGGUGCCAGGAAGAUCAAUCGCGGCAGCGGGCAAGAGAUCCGGCGCAGCUGCGGCAGCACCAUGAUGAGCGCCCUGCCCUCUCCCCUGCCGAGGCAUUCAAGAGGCGAUUCAGGAACUGCUGCUACCGAUGUCUUGGCUCCAGACACAAGUUCUACGAGUGCCGCGACCCUCAAAUUGCUACACUUGCAAGCGAACGGGCCAUCUGGAGCGUGAGUGCCCUGCCCGUCGGCUCAAGCACUCUGCUCUGGCUGCCCCUCCGCCAACUGCCACCGCCGCCGCCUCUCCAGCUUCUUGCCGGCCGGCGGCGCCCCCUCCCCCUAGCGGCCAAGCGCCGUCCUACAGCGCUGCCAUCGUUGGAAGCUCGCAGGACCGCGGCGCCGUCCUCCCGAUGGCCGCGGUGGACAUGCCAGGCGCUGCGCACCGCGGGCUUGCCACAUCGACCUGCGCCGUGGUCAGCACCCCGGCGAUGGAGGAGGAAUCCUACCGCCUGCGCACCACGGCGCUGCUGCUCACUGCCUCCGGCCCUUGCUCCGGCAUCUCCGCGAACAUGGUGGCCGAGGCCGUGGAGCACGACCACGGCUUCCCGUGGCGCGACAUCGACCUUGCCCCCUGCUUUCCGGAGGACUUCCCGCUGGUCCUGUCGGAGCGUCGCCAGCGCGACCUCGUUUUCGAGCGGCGCCAGGUGGUGGUUGCCGGCGUCAAGUUUCUGCUGCGGCCCUGGUUCCCACUGCCGGGUGGCAAUAGGGUGUGGCGGUUCUACUGUAGAGUCGCCAUUGACCGCCUCCCCCUCAACGCGUGGGACUGGGACAAUGUUCAGGAAGUCAUUUGCAAGCAGUGCAAGCUGGACCUCAUCGAGCGACAGUCGACAACCAAGACCAACCGCACGGCCCUCUUUGCUUGGCUAUGGACCUGGGACCCUGACCUAAUCCCCCGGGCAUCAGAUUUCAACGUCAUCAGCCGGCCAGAUGUUGCAAGGCCGCGGGGAUCGCUGCCGGAGGGCACACCAUCGGAGGAAGGAAAAGAGGGGCCUCACUUCCCGGUGCUCAUUCAUCUGGAUGUAGUCAAGGACUACACGCCUGUGGACGAUGAAGAUCAGGAAUGGCCACGCACCUACAAGCACAAGGGAUGGAGGAUGGGAGUCAAAGAUGGCGAAGGCAGGACCCGUGCUGCGGUGCCGGCAAAUUCCUUCCGUACCGGCCGCCGUGAUGAUGAUGCAGAUGAUGGCCACAGCGGGGGCGGCAGGCGGCGGGGCAAGCGCAGCGGAGCGCGCGCCGGGUUCUGGCAAGGGGUACGUGACCGCGCACACUGCCGCGACACCGCAACUCGCGAUCUAGAGCCUCGCCGCUACCGGCGACAUGAAGCUGGCCAGAGUGCCGUAUCGCCGGCGGCCUGCCUGACAACGGUGAGGCACGAGGUGGGGCCACUGGCUGAUGAAGAGAGGAUCAUGCAAGCGCAGUCGGCCCAGAUCAGAGCUUUUGUCACCCAUGUCUGCAAGUGGUUCAGGAGACUAAGUCAAGGGAGCUAGACGACCAGCAGGGCGCUGAUCAGGCCGACCUAUAGGGCUCGGAGGACAGUCUCAGCGAUGCACCAAGCGUGCUGGCUGCGCCAGCCACCUCUGUUGAUCCUGUCGGUCCAUCGCUGCCUGCAGACCUGCCUCCGGAUGGGCUUGUUGCGCGUGCCUUAGCUCAUAGGCAGCUGUUAGAAGAGGUGCAGGGGGAUUGGCCAAGCGGUGGGCGCCAUCACCUCAGAGACCUGCUGCUGCUGUAUUCACCAACCCGUCAUGGUUCUCAGCCUUGGCACAACAACUAUCAUCUUUGGCCUGGCAACGGUGGAAAUAGCGCGGCCUCCAUCAUCGCAGCUGGUGUGAGCUCCUUCUUCAACCAUGGGCCGCCCACCUACGACCUGCCUCCUCUACCUGCUGCUCUGCCGCCUCUACCUCUGUCGCUGGGAUCGUGCGCACCAUCGAGUUCGGAGUGGCCUGUUACGCCAACUCACCUGGCGCCCCAUGGUUGGGAGUUCUCCGCCCCAAGCUGGGGCCCAUGCUGGCUGCCGAGCUGGGAUGCGGCCCAAGCUGCCAUACCGCUGAAUGAGGUGCUGUUUGGCCCAGAUGCAGCUAUUUGCUCUCUCCAGACUGAAGAUACCACAUCUCAUAAUCCAUCUGUUGAAGAGAGACGUGCUCGAAAGGCCCUUGCUGAUGCCAACCUAUCUGGCCUAGGACUGGUGAAUGCCAUAACAGAACACAUCUCUACCCUUCAGAUCGAUGAACAAAGAGCUUUCAUCAAUAAAAUCACCUCGCUGCUGUCCACUUCCAUCCUGACCCCGCUGGUGCGGCACACCUCUGUCCGUCGCAAGCUCAAGAACCACCUAAUCGGGGCGAUCAAGACACCGAGGCAGAGUGCACGCUUGCUGCGUUUGCAAUCCAACUUCUCUUCCUCUAGGAGAUCACAGGCGGCAAUCUGCGUCAAGCUAGGCUUCAUCGAGCGCGAGGCGGACUUCAACAACAACACGCUCCUCGCCUACCUGAACUUCUUCCGCGAGCCCAUGCCGCAGGGAACGUGGACAAGCUGGCGGCGAUCGCCGGCGUGUCAUCACCGUCGCAGCUUCGCCUCCUGGACGCUGAGCUGCAAGCUAUCCUUGAGGAGCUCUCCGCCAGGGCUUCUUGAAGUUGCGCUACUCAUGUCUGUUGUUACUCCAGUUUCCAUGAUUAGUCAAAUUCUGAACUUUCAGUCUGUAAGGUGGGCUGCACACUACUGUUGCGCCAUUUGCCUCUAUUAUGAACCAGUUUGGGUGGAUUAUGGCUUGCGUUGGCAAGUGAACCCCUUCUGUGGCUUUGCUAUGUUAUCCAAUGAGUGACAAACUUGCUAUUUUUAA